CAAGACAAUGAACACCAGCAGGAGCAAUAGGUAGUGCAUCCCAUAAUGCUGGGUCAAGCGCCUGACAUGACAAAAAGUGUUCACGGGAGACAAAAGCACCAGAGAGACAAGGACAUUCUUCACGCAUGUUUGCAAAACGACCAAGACGCCAACGCACCAAGCGACUACGAGAAGUACGAAGCAUGGGCAGGUAUAAGAUUGGAUCCGGCUUUUUUCAUCCCCUCAAAUAACUUAAUGUCUAAACAAUCCAGACGUAUUCUCGAAGAGCUGUCUUUGGUUACGGAGGACAGAUUACUUUUGCAAGCUGCCAUUGACCGCCAAACUAUCAGACGUUUACAAAAUGAAGCAGAAGGAAUUGAACAAUCUACAACUAAAAAGCAGAAAAAAACCAUUUCAAAGAAGAAGUAUUUUCAAAACUUAACGAAAAAUCAAGUCACAGAUUUUUCAAUUUCAACACACGGUUCUCACAUUGAUGGUCUCUCCAAAGUCCAAGUCAAAAGAUUACACAAAAAUAAGAAUGUUGCUUAUGAGAAUAAUAACAUAAACUCACUUUCAAUCAAAUUCAAAAAGAUCGUUAAUUCAGGAAAGCUGAAAGUCGCAUUGAAUUCCUGUGAAAAAUACAAGCCCACCACACCUGUUGAACAUGUUGUUAACAGAAUCUACUUGUUUGUACUUCGGGCACAUGUUGAAAAGCCUUGGGUGUUUUCAAGUGAAAACUUGAAGCGAUACUCCGAAUUUGAUUUGCAGUUUACCUUAUCUUUUGUUUCAUCUGUUAGGGGAGAUACAAUGAGUAGCACUUGUAAAAAUGUAGGUUUGCGUUUCAAAUUGGAUCUUCGGAUUCUGAUUUUGAGGGGAGAUGAAACGGUAGUAGAUGGCGCGACAGGAGAAAUAGCUAGAAAGGCAACCAAGGCAAAACUUUACAGCGACAGACUUAAAUCUGUGCUUACCACGAAAUACCAUUUAAAUGCAUUUCUCAAAUCGUUGAUUCAUAUCAGAAGAAGCUAUUAUCAAUUCAUGGGGCUAGAAGCGAAGGUGUCUUCUUUGCGUUUGAUUGGAAAGAAACAAUACGUAAUGGAGGAUCUACAUUCGUUCAAAUUUCCCCGAACGUCAGCACAGUUGAAAUCAGGAGAGCUCGAAUCUUUAAUUAAUGGUCUUACUCUGAUCGAGGAAUUGGUGAACAGCUUGGAGACAAAGUUUAACGACGGACAGACUGAAAAAGAAUCGAGCAUGGACAGAAUCUUAAAGGAAACAAAGAAAAAGAAAAAAAUGAUAUUGAAGGAAUGGUUGAGCGAUGUAACUUGGGAUGCAAAUGAUGAGGAGAGCGAUGACGAAGAAUCUGAAGAAGACAGUGAUGAGGAAAGCGAGAGCGAUAGUGAUAACCAAGGAAUUAAUGACGAGACUACCGAUAAUGAUCUUGAUGAAGAGUAAUAAUUAAGGUUGUCGAAGAACCCUCACUCGUACAAUAAUCAUUUAAACUCAACAAUUGACAGCAAUUCUUUUAUAAAGCAAACAAAGUAAUCAUAUUGAUACCACUAUUCCACUAUGUUUUAAAUUGAAUUUAUUUAUAUUGACAAAAAGAAUUAAAGGCUUUGUGGUAUAUGUCCUAAUGAUUCAAAAUAAAAAUAAAGCUG